AGCCAGGCCCAACCAAAGCUGUCUCCUGUGCAGAUUUUGAUGAAGAGGACAAUUUUUACCGGUGUUGUUUCGUGAAAAGCUAGCUCAUUUACUACCAAGGAAAUGUGCCGGAUGGUUCAGUAGCCUCCACGAUUCUACGAUACGUCUUGCAGUGGUGUGAAAGUUUUGGGAAUGCGGAUGACUGGCACUAUGAAACCUAGUCCGAAAAAAUCCUCCUCCUCAAAGGUGAAACAACGCACCAAAUCCUCCAGCAGCAACAGCAGCAGCAACAACAACAAUAGCAUCCUCGGCACGAAUCAGCAUCAUUCGGCCGGUGCAGUAACUGCAUCGGUGACCUCCUCCAACUCAUCCAUCAAUCAACCGCAGCAGCAACUAUCACAUCCACUGCAGAAGCAAGCAAUACCGCAGAGCGAUUCCUCCGGGAACGAUGCGUCGAAUGUGGGCUCUGCCAAGGAAAAGUCUUCCUACAAAGCGUACGCUGGGCUUAGUUCACGAUCCGUGCGUACCGCUUGGGAGCAGCACGACAAGCAGGAAACGGAGGUCGCGCCCGACGUGUACACCAAGCUAGCGGAGGAUGCUACCUACAAGCUGUGGGAGUUGGCCAACAGCAUAAAAACGUACAGCCGCCAUUCCAGUGGACGAGUGACAUUCGAUUUGGUCAACGAAGUGCUGAAAGAUUCCGAUGUACCACCAAUCGUGGGAGCAAACAGUCAGCCCUGGGACAAGAUUGAGUACGAUGGAGCAUAUUUUUUCAAUUCGGAUGAAGUGCUGGAUUUGCGGGAAGAAUACAUUAAGCACAUAUCGUUGGAGCAACAUAAUGUGCCCGUACUUACUACCACUUGGAUGGCCGAGUCAGACAUUGCGGAAGAUCUGAUAGCGCUGCACAACAACAUAUGCGACUCUAUUUUUAUUGGAGAUGAGGCGUGUUUCAACACCGCGAUUGACAUACUGCAGUACAACCAACAUACUCCUUCGCUGAUGAAGCUAUUGCUGACGAAGGCGAUCGAAAUGCUCGGUUUCGAGUAUACGGAGGAAACGUUGCGCCGCGCGUUGGAGUAUUUGGAAGCGCUCGCACAAAACUGUCACGUUGCUCAUUCCGAUCUAACGCUGGAGCUGAGCCUGCUUAGCCAACUGUUUGUGAACUUGCUGGUCGGACCGGCUGGGUUUGUGAAUGCUAAAUUGCUGCAACCUAACGCACUAGUGUCACGAUCUGUACCAACGCUCGGUGGCACCGAUCCCCAACAACAGGUAGAUCAGCAGCAGCAGCAGCAGCAGCAGCAACAGGUGUUGGAUACUAUUUCACCGCUUUUCAACAAUCCGAUGGCACUGUUGGAAAACAAUUUACCCCCACCGGAAGAUUCGAACAAUUCCAACUCGAACGCCACCGAAGAAUUGCUGCGCAGCAUCGAAAACAUUAAGGACGGUGCGGAUGGGAUCGAUCUCAACAUUAAGGACGAGUACGAGGCACUCUUCUCGAUAGUGCAGGGACUGGGCAAGCAGGAAGGUGUGGACGAUGGUGGCAUGGUGGGUACGGAAUCGCUAGCCGAAGGUGUGGUCGAUGGCUUUCAGGUGAAAACCGAAUUCGACCCGGAAGCGUACGAUGCAAAUGCAUCGAACUUUAUCGUCCAGCAGGCGGCAGGCACGGUAGCUGGUGGUCACACGGCACAUCCCACGGCAGCACUGCACGAUCCGGGCAUGCUGACGAGUGAAAUGCUGAACUCACUUGCGGCUAGUGCGGCCGCCGCCGUCGUGACGGGUGCGGCAGUGAAUAAUGCCGACCAUGUGACGAUGUUCGAUCUCAAACCGGACACGAACAAGAGCAAGCUGGGGACGACGGGCACACCGCCCACCAUUCUCGACGCCGAUCCGGAGGAAAACGUUAGCUUACCGAUGUCGGAAAGCAGCGACGGUGGGGGCGAAGUGAACAACCCAAACUCGACUACGCUCGAGAGCGAAAACAUCACAACGCUGAUCGGCGAGGAUUAUCUGGUCGAUAGCGUUUGCCGGGUGAUUGGGCUGUGCUCGAGCAAAUGGGGCUUUGUCGAACAGGAGUGCACGUUUCUGCUGGUGGAACGUUUGCAGCGCUACUUCCAGGAGCGGAAAACGGUCGCGCUCGAUUACCACUGGUUGGCACGCAUCUUUCGCGGCCUGUGGGCGAUCGGGGAGUUUGCGCUGCGGGAGCUGGUACCGUACUUCUACCACAUCGACAGUCAAUCGGUUCCAGAGCAUUUGGUGUCACAUUUUAGUGCUGCAGGAAUCUUCCUGAGCGGACGGUCCGAUAUCUUUUUCUACGAAUAUUUGAACGAUAUUUGUGGCGACAGUUUGGCGCCGUUCACGUUCUCGUACGAUCAAUACAUCGAAAAGCUCUACCUGAAGUAUCACAAGAAAAGGGUAAAAGCUGUUGCGGUAAAGACUUGCUACAAAGUGGCGGCUAAGGUUGUUCCCAAACGUUUGCCGCCAUCCUACAAACCACGGACAUCCACCAGAGGGAAGCACACACUUCAGGCCGCAUUCGAUGAGCACGAUUGCGAAAAACGGUUGCCCAGUCUGGGUGCCGCAAAUCAACCGCCGAAAGCAAGGAUUGCGUUUAGAUUUCCUGGCUGCCGGUCGAUACCGUUAAGAACGUGCUCGUCGAAAGGCACAUUCGCGAGCAGUACUGUCCCGGGAGGUGUCGAAGUGGCCGCCAAUGGUGGAAUCAAACAAAACACUACACUUUUCGAUUCGUUUAACUCAAAAAUAGUUGUCGCAAGAAGACGGUUGCUAAGGCCAGUUACAAACGAACCACCAAAAGGACGCGUAUUUAGCUUUGGAUCGUGCGUGCUGUAAAGUUUUAACUGAAAACCGUUGUAAAAGAAUAAGCAAACAGUUUCGAAACAGAGUCAAUCGGGCUGAAAAUUGUGGUGAAUAAACAUUGCCGCACUCGAAACAAUCA